AUGGCGGCUCAUCACGUCAUGGGCGUUGCAGCAGCCAUGCUUCUCCUGCUGGCGUCGACCUCGCCGGCUCUUGCCGACACGGCGGUGCUCGGCCGGAAGGGCGGCGGCACGGCCGAUGAGCAGACGGCGGGGCGAGGGAGAGGGAGGUACGCUGUGAUAUUGGACGCCGGCAGCACGGGGACGAGGGUGCAUGUCUUCCGGUUCGACAAGAAGAUGGACCUCCUCAAAAUCGGCGACGACAUCGAGGUCUUCGCCAAGGUGAAUCCAGGACUGAGCUCGUACGCUGGAAGGCCACAGGAGGCAGCAAAAUCUAUACUCCCUCUGCUUGAUAAGGCCAAUCACGCUGUCCCUGCCGGGCUUAUGAACAAAACUCCCCUUGAGCUCGGGGCAACUGCUGGACUGAGACUGAUUGGAGAUGAAAAGGCAAACCAAAUCCUUGAAGCGGUUAGGGAUGUUGUCCACAGCAAGAGCAAAUUCCAGUACGACCCAAACUGGAUCAAUGUUCUUACGGGAUCCCAAGAGGGAUCCUACAUGUGGGUCGCUCUCAACUAUUUGCUGGAUAGAUUAGGAGGGGAUUACUCCGAAACAGUUGGUGUGAUUGAUCUUGGAGGCGGAUCCGUGCAAAUGGCCUACGCCAUCUCGUCAAGCACUGCUGCUAACGCUCCCCGGGUGCCUCAUGGGCAAGAUCCCUAUGUUACAAAGGAGUAUCUCAAAGGAAGAGAUUACAAUGUUUAUGUGCAUAGUUACUUGCACUACGGCGCUCGGGCUGCUCGUGUGGAGGUCCUGAAGAGAAAGAAUGGACCAUUUAGCAACUGCAUGCUGCGUGGAUUCAACGGCAAAUACACGUACAACGGGGAGGAGUAUGAUGCAAUGGCUGCACCACAAGGUGCAGACUACCACAAGUGCAGACAAGAUGUGGUGAAGGCACUCAACCUAAAAGCCCCAUGCCAAACCAACAGCUGCACCUUCAACGGCGUAUGGAACGGUGGCGGCGGAGCUGGACAGGACGAGCUCUAUGUCGCCUCCAGCUUCUACUUCAUGGCCUCCGAUAUUCGGUUCAUCGACAACAACGCUCCUAGUGCAAAGUCAACUCCAGCUGCAUACAAGGAUGCUGCCGAGAAGGUUUGCAAACUGAGCGUCCAAGAAGCAAAAGCAGUGUAUCCCAGCGCUCGUGAUCAUGCCUACUUAUGCAUGGAUCUCGUAUAUCAGUACACCUUGCUCGUUGAUGGCUUUGGUUUGGCGCCAACGAAGAAGAUCACUCUAGUAGAAAAGGUGAAGCAUGAGGAGUACUACAUCGAAGCAGCGUGGCCAUUAGGCACUGCCAUUGAAGCUGUGUCCCCCAAAAAGAAGUAUCAAGAGGCAUGAU